ACUUAAGCCGAGAUUUAACCACUCAAGGCCAAUGCUGAAGAGGCUACCGAUCGGAGUAUUUCGGGGAAUAAUAGCCUUAAGCACUGGUAUAAUAACUUACAAAUAUCAUUCACUUGUUGGUACAAUAGUUUACGCAAGUUCCGAACAAAUGCUUGCCUAUAUUUUUAGUGUGAUGGUGUUAGUAUGCAACCUACUGUUAACGAUGGUGACUAUCUAGUUGUUGAAAGGCUCUCAAUCAUUUUGGGACGUAUUAGAAGAGGAGAUGUUGUGAUUGCUGGUCAACGCAGAAAGUAUGAUACUACGUAUGUUCUAAAGCGUAUCAAAGGUCUUGGCGAUGACCGAGUUACUUUCUGGGACAAGAGUAAUAUGGAAAUCAUCGCUAAGCAGGUACCUCGAGGUCAUGUUUGGUUAGAAGGUGACAAUACAUUACAGUCAUUAGACUCAAGGUCUUAUGGCCCCGUCCCCAUUUCUCACUUAGAGUACAAAGUAUUUCUCCGUGUAUGGCCGUUAAGUUAUUUUGGACGCCUUCAAACACCAAAACCUGCUACUUGCACGACUGAUGAACCGUGCGACCCUGCAUUUGUACAACGUGGUUUAAAAUGAAGAGGAGAACAGAAAAAGGAUCAGGGUUUUUGAUAACCAUAUUCAUGGAGUUUUUAUAUUUUAUUUGACUCUUAAUUAUUGACCACCGCUUUUGAAAUUUUUCCAGUUGUUAAUACCUGUAUUUGGGGACAUUAUUUGGAGAGAUUAUGUGGAACCAAUGUCUUCUAUUUACUCCUUACUUCAUUUCUAACAUUCUGUGUUGUACAUAUUCCACUUCUUUGUGAAAAUUAUUUUCGUUGGUUUGAAUUUGAGAAGGUUUACUUUUAUUUGUAAAUUAUUGACUUUCAUGUGUAGAAAACACGUAUUCCAGAACCUGUGUACAUACCUAGGAAUAUUUGACAGUGGAAGAAAAAAUACGAAAGCUAC